AUGAGCGCAGAACUGGAGCGCGUUUCACUCAACACGUCGGUGACCUCGAGCGGCUCGGGCGACCGCAAGCUGUCGGCCAACGUCCGCCGGCUCCACCGCGCGCUCAACCUGCUGCUCAGCGACCCCGAGAGGGAGCGGUUCAUCCACUGUCUCAACGUGUACCACGCCAAGCGCAACGUGUGCGACCUGGUGCACACCCUGCGCGUGAUCCUCGACACGGACACCAAGCGUCAACUGCUGCCCAUGUUGCGCCUGGUCAUCCCGCGCUCCGACCAGCUGCUCUUCGACCAGUACACCUCGGAGGGCUUGUACCUGAAAACCGACCUGGGUCUGUUUCAGAGCAACAGUCCAACCAACAACAUUGAAGCGCUUUUGGAAAGCGCUGGUCGUGCUCCCGGCGCGUCUCCAGAGACGGCGCCCGGGACAGCGCCCGGUACCGCUCCAGGGGGCCAGACCCUCGGCAGCAGCAUUUUCCUGGACUCGCCGUUCGGGGAGAUCCGCCAGGUAUCCCUGAGACGGAGCAAGAGCCACGAGGGUCUUGGGUUCAGCAUCCGCGGUGGGUCGGAGCACGGAGUGGGGAUUUACGUGUCUCUCGUUGAGCCGGGCUCGUCCGCCGAGCGCGAGGGGCUGAGAAUCGGCGACCAGAUAGUGGCCGUCAACGACGUGGUGUUCGACCGAGUCACUCACAUAGAUGCUGUCAAGGUGGGCGAUCAGAUCCUUGAGGUGAACGGGCGGGGCUUCGUGGCCAUCUCCCACGACGAGGCGGUCCACAUCCUGAAGACGUGCGUCCGUCUGCGCGUCCGGGUGCGCGCCGUCGGACGCCUGCCGCACGCGCGCACCGCCGUCGACCACACCCGCUGGAUCAGCAACCCCGCCGCCGCCGAGGGCCCCGACGCCGUCGCCAUGACAACUGCUGCCGCUAUGACAGUAGCCAACAGCGGCGGACGGAGCCCCGACGUCAUCGCCGGCGCGGGCGGUCCCGGCGCCGCCCCGGCUCUGGGGCCCCCGGGUCCCCAGGUGAGUCUGGAGCAGCAGGCCUACCUCCUCCUGACGGACCUGGAGAGACAGACCAUGGCCUACUACCUCCAGGAGUACCACAAUGGACACAUAGGGGUGGAGGCGCUCACCAUGGCCCUGUUUGAGCUCUUCAACACUCACGCAAAGUUGUCCAUGAUGUCGGAGGUGCGGUCGCUGGUGGCUCCCCAGGAUCUGGAGGUCUACGACGGGCAUGUAUUGCGCCGCGAGCGGGAGGCUCACAGGGCCUGGCAUGGAGGCCUUGGGUCUUUCCACCCACAGGCCCACUAUGGCCUUGCGACCAACGACGGACAUGUCCACUUCUCCAAGAGUGAUUGCUCUGAGGAGGGUAAGAUGGAGCACAGUGAGGCAGCGUGUUUGAUGGCCCUGCAGGAUGUGGUGCUGGAAGAGGUGCGGCCCUCGUCUGCCUCUCCUCCAUGCCAGCACCAGUCUUCAGUGGGCCACGCCCCCCAGGAGCGGGGCCACGCCCCCAAAGAGCGGGGCCACGCCCCCCAGGAGCGAGGCCUCACCAGACGACCCUCUUCUCGUCCGGCCCGGCCAGGCUCCGCCUCCAGCAUGCUAUUCAAGGGCCCCACGCGACUCCUCCAAGACUGCCUCCAACGGUCCCUUAAGGCCCUUCCCUCCCACACCCCAGCCCCAGCCCCCGCCCCGGCCCCCACCCCCGCCCCCCAGCAGUCUCCGUCGGCAACGGCGGGCGAGCCGUCCCGCUGCGUCUGCCCCGGUCCUGGCCCGACCCGGCUCCAACCGCACCCCGCUCCCCAGGGCUCCCUCCCGGCCCACGCCCGGCACAGCAACCCCCAGCUCCACCUCGCCUCAGAGCUGGACCAGCACCAGCUCCAGCACCUCUACCUCUACCACCACCACCACCACCCCCACGCCCACCACCACUUCCCCUACCCCUCGGCCCCGUACCAGGCGGGGCCCGACGCGGGGGUCCACACCUGCCCGGGGUUCCUGUACCGCCGGGACCCCUCCGGCUCCCCCGGCACGGAGGCCAUGGCGGCCGCUACACAGAGGUCCGCGUCCUACGAGCCGUUGUCCAACUCCUCCUCCUCCUGCGUCCUCCAGACCAGGUCCGCGUCCUCGUCCAAAACGGUGUCUCCGAUGCCGUCGCCCCGGCCCUCGCCCCACCUCUCCCCCUGCCCGUCCCCUUGCCCCUCGGUGGUCAUGGCCACCCCGCCCCCUUGCAGCCCGGACCGGUCCUGCUCCCCGGCACUCCUGCAGAGGGGGUCUGCCACCGCCGUUGACGCCAACCUGCUGUCAGCCGAGUGCCGGCCCCAGCAGAGAGGCGCCACGCUGUCUCAGCUGUGGGACAGCGGGCAGACGCUGAGCGAGGACAGCGGCGUGGACAUCGCCGAGGCCGGGGGGGUUAGUAAGGACGGGAGCCCCCGACCCUGUAAGAGCCAGCCGGGCCCAGCGCCAGGGGAGAGGCACCAGGGGAACCAGGGACCCCCGACCAACGGCCCCAACUCCCUGCACGCCCCCACACAGAGUGGGUCGGUGGUCUCUCUGCUCUCCACCCUAGUUCGCGUGAUGAAGAACACCAGCACCCUCGGAAUUGCCAUUGAGGGCGGAGCCAACACACGGCAACCGUUGCCACGCAUCGUCACCAUACAGAAGGGAGGCUCCGCCCACAGUGGCGGCCAGCUGCGGGUGGGUCACGUGAUCCUGGAGGUGAACGGCGUGUCGAUGCGUGGUCGCGAGCACCGGGACGCCGCGCGGGUCAUCGCCGAGGCCUUCAAGAACAAAGAGUCAGACCACCUCGACUUCCUGGUGGCAGACCCCGACGUCUAG